AUGACGUCUCGCCCACAAUCAACAGAGCCUAUUGAGCUCUCAGACGAUGAUGCAACUGCCUCUACUGCCGGCGGUAGUCGGUCAGUCUCUCCAAGCCUUGGCAAGCGAAAAUUCGAAGACCCGGGUGACAUCUUUGCCGACGAACCCGACGACCACUACGAAAAGUUCAUGCAGAGCAAGAAACGGAAACGAGCAAUCGGCAGGGUCUCCAAGGCCAAGAAGGGCAAGGGCAAAAAGAAGAGUCUCUCUGACGAACUUCAGGAUCCUGUCGCUAAUGGCGACGAUGACGACGAAGAAUUUAUCGACGGGGACAGGCUUGUCCGCGCACUCGUGCCCGAACACAUUCGCGAACGACGGAGGCUGUUCGACGAAAACAGGAAGGCGCUGUGCGAGGCCGGCCUCAAGUUGCCACCGGACUAUGUCGAAAUAGACUUUUCCGAUGACGAGAGGGAUCCGCGAGAAUUGGAUAGGCGACCCAAAUUCGAUGAUAUCGAGCCAUGCAGGCCCUACGAAGACAUCGCUCUGGACCUGUCCGGUGGUGUAAUUCCGGCCUCGAUUGCACAGUAUCUCCGGGACUACCAGGUCCAAGGUGUCCAAUUCCUACAUACUCAUUUUGUCUAUCAGACUGGAUGUAUCUUGGGGGACGAUAUGGGCCUCGGGAAGACUGUUCAGGUUGCUGCGUUCCUCGUUGCUGCGUACGGCAAGACUGGGGACGAGAGAGAUGCAAAAAGGCUCCGGAAGGUGUCUCGCCACGGUAGUGGAAGAUGGUAUCCUCGUAUCCUCAUCAUCUGCCCCGGAUCUCUCAUCGAAAACUGGAGGAAUGAGCUCAACCGCUGGGGCUGGUGGAAGAUCGAGCUGUACCACGGCCCAGGCAAAGGAGCUGCGCUGACAGCGGCCCGCAACGGUACCCUGGAGGUCAUGAUCACGACCUACGAAACAUACAGGCACGACGAGGCCAAACUGAAUCUCAUCGAAUGGGACGCCGUUAUUGCUGACGAGUGCCACAAGAUCAAGGACCGCCGCUCCCAGAUCACGAUAGCCAUGGAUAAGGUCAACGCUCUUUGUCGCGUAGGUCUUACGGGCACUGCAAUCCAAAACAAGUACGAGGAGCUUUGGACCCUUCUCAACUGGACCAACCCUGCUGGCUUUGGCUCUCUCAUUGAGUGGGAUCAGAGAAUCACAAAGCCGCUCACAGUGGGCCAAUCUCAUGAUGCCACCCUUCAACAACUGAGUCGGGCAAGAAAAGUUGCCACUAAGUUGGUCCAGAGGAUCUUGCCGGAGUUCUUCCUGCGUCGAAUGAACGUGGAAGUCCGCAAGAUUCGAGACAGCUCUGAAAUAUGCGAGUGCGGCGCAGUCAACAGUAACGGCAAGCCGAAGAAACAAGGCUGGUGUUGCGGUGAAUUUCUGCCUGAUGGGAAGCGGUGGCAAGCGCUCGUCUUUCCCACCAUCAUUACCCUGCAGAAAAUCUCCAAUCACUUGACGCUUUUGUUACCUAAAGAUGAGGAGCCAAAAGACAAAAGGGAAGCUGCUUUGGAUAGGCUCUCGAAGUGCGUCCCUGACUGGAAGGCCCUCUAUAAAAACCGGAACUCGCUUCAGUUGCUUUCCGAUUCAAAAUAUUGUGGCAAAUGGAGGGUUUUAAAGAAGAUGCUCAGCUUCUGGCACGAGAAUUCCGAUAAGGUUCUUAUUUUUUCUCAUAGUGUCCGUCUUCUCAGGAUCCUUCAUCAUUUGUUCACGAGCACCACGACAUACACUGUGAGUUUUCUUGACGGCAGUCUUUCCUAUUUGGACCGGCAGAAGGAGGUGGACAAUUUCAACUCGGAUCCGGACCGGUUCAUCUUCCUCAUCUCGACUAAAGCCGGCGGUGUCGGCUUGAAUAUCACAUCGGCGAACAAGGUAGUCGUCUUCGACCCACAUUGGAACCCUUCGUACGACCUCCAGGCCCAGGACCGAGCGUACCGCAUUGGUCAGGUCCGUGAUGUCGAGGUUUUUCGACUCGUCUCCUCUGGUACCAUAGAAGAGAUCGUGUACGCCAGGCAAAUCUACAAGCAACAGCAGGCAAACAUCGGCUAUAACGCCUCAAGCGAGCGUCGCUAUUUUAAGGGCGUGCAGCAGGAUCCAGAUCGAAAGGGCGAGCUCUUUGGGCUACAGAACCUGUUCACAUUUCAGUCCGACAAAGUCGUGCUGAAGGAAAUAGUCAACGCAACGAACAUUGCCGAGGCUAGAGCCGGUGUGCACCUCGCAGACAUCGAUAUGGCCAAAGUUGAGGAGGACAAUGAAUUCAGUCAGAUCAAGAAAGAAACACCAGGCGAUGACGAUGAGGACAACGGCAUCAGCCAGCUGGCUACCUUGAUCAAGUCAGAGAAUCCGGAGGAUCUUCCCAAAGACAGCGAAUCCAAAAACGAUGUCAUCCAAGCCAUCCUUGCCUCGGCAGGCGUCGAGUACACCCACGAGAACUCUGAAGUCAUCGGGACCAGCAAGAUCGAGGCGCAACUGUCGAAGCGCGCUGAGCUCGCAGAGGAGAUGGACCUCGAUGACCCUGAGGGCCAGAGCGUGUUGUUUGCGGAGACCCUGGUCAACGAGGCCUUCGAAGAUGGGCCCGGCUUUUCGUACAAAUUUAAUCCGCCCGAGGACGUUAUGCGCAGACAGUUCUGCACGAUGGCAAGGCAUUUCGGCUACUCAAGCACCACGAAAUUCGCUGUCGCCGUGCAAGGCUGGACGCAAGAGCAGAGACGAGACUGCCUGGACGCGUUUUACAGGAAACGGAUGGAGAAGGUGCUUGGGAAAUUCAAGGAGGAGCACGUGGAUGACGAGAAGAACGUCAAGACGGAGCCCGUUACCCCAGAGGACACCAAUAUGGACUUGCAGACUACAGUUGGCGGAGUUGACAAGAAAGAAGGGCUUGUGGACGAGGAGGUAAAGCCCGAAGAGGAUGAAUCCGUUGCCUUUGGCGGGGCGAGAGCAGAGGUCAAGGCUGAGACCAAGCAGGAAGUGGCCGUCAAGAAGGAAGAUGGUGAUGCCACGGCGAAGAGGAUGACCUCUACCAUUUUCAUCUAUGAUGAUGACUCCGACGUGCUUUGA